GAAAAGGAAAGCUGUGUUCCGUGUUCACUUGAAGUGCUGCUGCUGGCGGGAGUUUGAAGUGGGUUGGUUUACAGAAGAUACAUUGGAGAUUUGUUGCAGCACGUACGUCUCAAGUACGCACGGAUGAACCAUAAAAUCAAAGCAGUGCAAAGAAAAAUAGACCUAUAGAAAUUCAGCAUGGAUGUUGACAUUGAAAAGAUCACCAGCCUGUCGGAGAGGGACAGUACAGGCGAGCUACAGAAAUACCUAAGCUCUGUGACGGCUGAGCAGCUCACUACAUUGAUUACAAACACUGCACUUAAAGGCAAAGAUAUUGGGGCCCUCAUCAAAGCCAUCUUUAAAGGCUCUCCACCCAGUGUUGCUGAUGGGGUGUCGAGGCGGGCUCUGCUGUACCAGCACUGCAUCUCUCUGUGCGACUCAGGGGACUUGCAGACUGAGGUGGCCUCCGAUAUCAUGGGCUUGCUGAUGUUGGAGACACACAGCCUCCCUGGGCCUUCCCUGGCCCAGCUGGCUUCUCUGUAUGUAGAUUCCAUCAAGGCAGGGAUGAUGGGAAAUGGAAAGUCAUUGGAGCUUUUUCCAACCAUUUUAACCGCACUUGCAGGAACCGAGGCCCUCGCCUAUGGCAAAGGAGAACUGAGUGGGGAGGAGUAUAAGAAGCAGCUCAUCAAUACUCUCUGUUCUAGCAGGUGGGAUCCACAGUGUGUCAUACACUUGACUACCAUGUUUAGGGAUGUGCCCUUGUCUCCAGAGGAGCUGCAGUUCGUUGUAGAGAAGGUGCUUAGAAUGUUCCAGAAGAUGGAGCUCCAGGAAAUCCCCCCUCUGAUCUAUCAGCUCUUGCUGCUGUCGUCCAAGGGUUGUAAAAAACAGAUUCUGGAGGGAAUUGUACAAUAUUUUAAGCACCAGGAUGAACAGCAGAAAUCAGAGCAGAUGGAGGGGGAGAAUCUGGAUGUCGAGGUGCAAUCCAUCCCUCAGGACCAGCUGCGGCACGUGGAGGGAACGGCCAUCUUGCACAUCGUGUUUGCUGUCCGGCUUGAUUAUGAGCUCGGCAAGGAAUUCCUCAAAACCAUCAAGGCAGCUCUGGGUGAGCCGUCACGAGUGCUCUGCUCCUUCAGCAUUGCCCUGCUGCUUUCCUUGUCUCGGAUUCAGCGUCUAGAGGAACAGGUGUUUGACUUCCUAAAGGGGGCCAUUACAAAGUGCUUCAAGGAUGAGCAGAUGCAGCAGGGCUCCAAGUUCUUGCAGGAUCUGGUGGCUCCACCCUGUAGCGUGUCCAGCAUGAUCCUCGAGACUGUGAAAAACAGUGUGUUUGGUUGGGACCAUGUUACCCAGGGACUGGUGCAAUUAGGCUUCAUCCUCAUGGACUCAUUUGGGCCCAAGCCUGGGCCCUUUGGAAAGACUGCAGAAGUCCCCAGCUCCUUAGCCAGGAGCCCAACUCAACUGGCCUGUCAGCUUGGUGGCCAGGUCCUCUUGGAGGGCUUCAAGAUGCAUGAGCAAAUCAGAGGAGAGAUUCUUGAGCAGGUCCUGAAUCGGCUGGUCACAAAAACAGCAUCUCCAGUAACUCAUUUUAUCGAUCUUCUCUCCAGCAUGGUCACUUCUGCUCCCAUGAUCCUCCUGGAGUCCUCCUCCAAGGUGUUGGAGACUUUCGACCAGCUGUCUUACCUUCCACUUAGCACCGUGGAGGGGCUUCUGAAGGCUGUCCAGCCACUUCUGAAAGUUAGCAUGGCGUUGAAGGACUCCUUGAUCAUUGUGCUCAGGAAAGCCAUGUUCUCUAGUCAGCUGGAUGGGAGGAAGUCUGCUGUGAUGGGUUUCCUCUUGCUGCUGAAGAACUUCCGGGUCCUGGGCAGCAUAGCCUCCAGCCAGGCCAGCCAGGCUAUCACAUCCAGCCAGGUCCAGGCAGACGUCCACUCGCGCUACAAUGCAGCGGCCAACGAGGCCUUCUGCCUGGAGAUCCUCAGCAGCCUCCGUCGCUGUCUCAGCCAGCAGGCCGACGUGCGUAUCAUGCUGUAUGAGGGUUUCCAUGAUGUUCUGCGACGCAACUCCCAGCUGGCCAGCUCCAUCAUGCAGACCCUUCUCUCCCAUUUGAGACGCUACUAUGAGCCAGAGCAGGACUUGCUUCCUCCAAUGAAACUGGAGCCCUGUAUUAGUGCACAAGGAGACCAGGUGUUCCUCCAAGAACCUCUGGCCCACCUGCUCUCUUGCACAGUCCACUGCUUGCUCUGGCACCAGGGGCUGCAGGCAAGAAAACCUUUAAUAGAAGACGAGGAAGAGGACGACAAUGAUGAUGAAGGAGGGUUUCAGGCAGAGCUGCAGACGAUGCUGGAGAGCAUGACCAGACGCAUGGUGAAGAGCGAGCUGGAGGACUUUGAGCUGGACAAGUCAGCUGAGUUCUCCAUGGCCUCCAGUGUGGGCGUCAGGAACAGCAUCUUCGCUACGCUGCUGAUGGGCCUCUAUGAGGUUCUCAUCGAGUACAACUUCACUACCGCCAACUACAACAAGAACUGCUUUGAGGAGCUCCUGCAGCUCUUCAGCCGGUACCAGAAGCUGUGUGAGAUCGUGAAGGAGAAGGCGGGAAAGGGCAGGGCGUCCAGCAAAGCCCCACGCAGCCUGCUGUCCCUGGGCUUUAUCUCCUCACUGCUCUAUGCUCUCUUCAGGGACAGCACUCAAAGCCGAGAGGAGAGUCUGUCCGUGCUGCGGGGUAGUGCGGACUUCAUGCGCCAUGCAGUGGGUGUGGCUGUGAAUAAGAUCCAGCAGCUGGAGGAGACUGGGCACACAGACGGCCCAGAUGGACACCACGCGGACAAGACAUUCCACCACCUCUGUGACAUCACUAGUGUGCUGAUGUGGAGGUACACCAACGUCCCGCCUGCCGUGGAAGAUGCUGGGAAGAAGGCUGGCAGCCGCAGUGUGUCUGUGCUGUGCCUGGAGGGGCUCCUGAGGGUCUUCACCACCGUGCAACAGCGCCACCCACCAGACUGGCAGAGCUGCUGGGCACCAUUGAUGCUUUGGAGGAGGAGGGGCGAGCCAGGCGAGGGCCUAACUGAGAAGCUGCCUUUCUACUUGCGCCAGUUUCAGCGCUCCUUGCUGACCCAGCUGAGUGGAGGUGAGGAGGACUUCAGUAGUCGGGAGGCCCAGCUGCUGGUGGGCGUACUGGCCGCGCUCGCAUCCCGGCUAGAGCCCGGAUCCCCACAGUUGGACCAGAUGAUUACCUGGACACUUAAAAUCUGCAAGGAGACCAGCUUUGAGGACGUGGCUCUGACCAAGGGCCUGCUGUCACUGCUCUUCUCUCUGCUGGCGCUGCAGAGGAGCCCUGUGACGGAGCUCUGGGAACUCUGCCAGGACAUCCACAGCCAACUGGGAGACAUCGACCAGGAUGUUGAGCUGGAGAAACAGUCUCAUUUUAAUAUUGUCUGCAUGAAGACUGCUGCCCCAACAACACUGCUCGUGUUGGCGCAGGUGGGCCGUUUGCUGGAUGAGGUGGACUGGCUCAUUGCACUGAAGAAAAGCCAGGCAGCUGUGGACAAGAGCAAUGCAGACCUCUCUCAGGCGCCGGGGCAGCAGGAUUGUGUGCUGAAGGCGGUGACGCUACAGCUGGGCACGAUGCUGACCGCCCUGCACGAGCUGCUGCAGACAGCGCUGCCCCCUGGUGUCUGCAGCGACACACUGCUGCGCGACCUGAGCCGCACCUACGGCCUCCUCACCGCCCUGCUCAAAUACUACAUCCAGCUGUGCCAGGUUCCAUCACGCCUGGAGAAACUGGUCAAACUGUCAGGGUCUCAUCUGACUCCCCAGUGUUACUCCUUCAUCACCUAUGUGCAGAGCGGUGAGGGGAAUGGAGGAGGAGAGAAGAAAAAGAAGAAAAAAGAGGAGGAUGCUAUGAUGGCAGCUUCUGUGAAGGUCCUGCGUCAGACCAGAGCCAUUCCCAACCUCAUCUUCAGCAUCGAGCAGUACGAGAAGUUCCUUAUUCUCCUCUCCAAGAAGUCAAAGGUAAAUCUGAUGCAGUAUAUGAAACUGAGUACUUCCAGAGACUUCCGCAUCAACGCAGCAGCCCUGGACACCAUGUUGCAGGAGCAGCAGGAAGCUGACAGUCAGCAGACAAUGGUCACCCAGAGCCCUGAAGUGAGUCAGCAGCCCAGGAAGAAGAAGAGGAAGGUGUGAGGACGCUCAUGUCGUCGUCUUUACCCAUCCGCCGCACUACACCUCAGUUACAGGAGGAUCUGGUCCCGGCUC